AUGAUUGGAAAUUCAUUUCUACCCUCGCGGUUCAGGGGAACUUCCUCUACCACCGAAACCAACGCUACACCUAUGUGGCUCAAUAGAAAGGUCACACCACUUAUCCAGCUUCUCUCUCGACGAGCAUGUCUACAUCCAAUCCACACCAUCGUCAUAGUUGCGGUUUUGGCGAGUACAACAUACAUGGGACUUCUGGAGAGUAGCCUUUUCGAUUCAGUGAAAGCCAGUGGUGCCGAUAAAGCGACAUGGAGCUCUCUUGUCGCAGGUAAUCGUCAACUACAAAUUGGUUCGGAGACUGGCUGGAAAUGGCAGACGUCAGAUGUGGAAAUUGUGCCAUCAAACGUGGACCAUUUGGCACUUUUGACCUUCGUUUUCCCAGACUCCGCCGCUGCCAAUUCUUUGCAGGCAGCCCCAUUAGCGGACUCUGUACCUUUACCACAGAAUCUUUCCGUUACUUCCCUUCCAACAACUUCAAACCCUUUGGCUUCUCUAUCACAAGAUAGUGCUCUAGCCUUUGCUGUGCCCUACAAUCAAGCCCCUGAGUUUCUCGCCAAGUCUCAAGAACUCCCUAAUUCCGCUGCUACAAUGCCUACUGAUCCCAAUGCCCGUCAAGGACUCGAGGCAGAGCCUAUUAAGGAGAAGAAGAUGUGGAUUAUGAAAGCUGCAAAGGGCGAUGAGACUAGACGAGGAUUGAGGAAAUGGGCGUCAAAUGCUUGGACUGAAUUCUUGGACCUCCUCAAAAAUGCCGAGACUCUCGACAUCAUCAUUAUGGUACUCGGUUAUAUCUCGAUGCACCUCACUUUUGUGUCGCUGUUUGUAUCUAUGAGGCGUAUGGGCUCAAACUUCUGGCUGUUUGCCACCACACUCUUCUCCUCGGUUUUUGCUUUCCUCUUUGGGUUGAUCGUCACCACAAAAAUGGGUGUUCCGAUGAACAUGGUAUUGUUGUCGGAAGGCCUCCCAUUUCUCGUUGUAACGAUUGGAUUCGAGAAAGCUAUUGUCUUGACAAAGGCGGUUUUAUCGGCAUCUCUCAACACCCAAAGACCCUACCCGGAAAUGGGAGAGAAGAAGUACGGAGUAUCUCCUACUUCCAUUCAAUAUGCAGUCCAAGUUGCAAUAAGCGAAAAGGGUUUCGAAAUUGUCAGAGAUUAUGCAAUUGAAAUUUGUAUCUUGGCUGCGGGAGCUGCUUCGGGCGUUCAAGGGGGUCUCCAACAGUUCUGUUUUUUGGCAGCUUGGAUUCUGUUCUUUGACUGUAUCCUUUUGUUCACUUUCUACACCGCGAUUUUGAGCGUUAAGCUUGAAAUUAACCGAAUUAAACGACAUGUUGCUCUCCGCCAGGCAUUGGAGGACGAUGGAGUCAAUCCCCGAGUGGCUGAAAAUGUUGCCCAAAGUGACGACUGGCCUAGAGCCGAUGGUACCCAGGCCAGCGAGGCCAACAUCUUUGGUCGUAAGGUCAAGGGUAGCAGUAUUCCAAAAUUUAAAGGUUUGAUGGUUUCUGGAUUCAUCAUAAUCAACAUUCUCAACCUUUGCACCAUCCCGUUCCGAGGUGGCAAUAGCAGUGUUCAGCUCCCAGGUGCGAAUAUGUUUUCAGGAUCCAGUUUCUCAAGUGUUUUGACACCACCACCCAUGGACCCCUUCAAGGUUGCAUCUAGUGGCUUGGACUCGAUUGCUGAGUUGGCAAAAGCUCACGAUAAGUCAACAAUUGUUACCGUACUUACGCCCAUCAAAUACGAGCUUGAGUAUCCCUCCAUUCACUAUGCAGAGCCAGCCCCCAAGCAUCGUAAACAUGCCGCUGACGAUUUUGAUGCUGAAUUCGCUGAAUAUGGAAUGGGUGGUCGAGUUGUGGACAAUCUGCUGAAGAGUUUUGAGGAUCCAGUUCUUUCAAAAUGGAUCGUUGUCGCUCUCACCUUGAGUGUUGUGCUCAACGGGUAUCUUUUCAAUGCCGCUAAAUGGAGUAUUGGCAAGGAACCACUUCAAAUGCCUCGGCACCAUGCUGUCGACCCUAAGGAGCUCGAUCAGGCUGAAAGGUUCAACAACUCUGCGUCUACACCUAUCCUGAGGUUGCCAAAUAUCGACCCCAAUGCUAGCGACAAUAUACCAUUGACACCAGCUAGAACGCCAGCUACUACUGAUGACGAGGACGAUGGAUUAAUUAUGGCUAAAUCUCAGAAUACUACUCAAUCUCAAUUGCGCCGAAGUCAACAAGAGCUUGAAAUGAUGCUCGAGGCGAAACUUGCACCGGAGCUGAACGAUGCAGAACUUAUCGAACUAUCAAUGCAAGGCAAAAUCCCUGGCUACUCGCUAGAAAAAACGCUGAAAGAUGCCACUCGUGCUGUCAAGAUCAGACGCGCCAUCAUCUCACGGACUCCUGCAACCUCUGAAACUACCCAUCUCCUCGAAAAUUCAUUAUUGCCAUACGAGCACUACAAUUAUGAUCGCGUUUUAGGAGCUUGUUGUGAGAACGUCAUCGGUUACCUUCCAUUACCUCUUGGUGUGGCAGGUCCAAUUGUUAUUGAUGGACAAAGUUUCUUCUUACCUAUGGCUACAACUGAAGGUGUUCUUGUUGCGAGUACAAGUCGUGGGUGCAAGGCCAUUAACUCCGGUGGCGGUGCCGUGACCGUCUUGACUGGUGAUGGCAUGACUCGUGGCCCAUGUAUUGCCUUUGAGACCCUCGAACGUGCCGGUGCUGCUAAGGUUUGGCUUGAUUCCGAAGCUGGUCAGCAGACCAUGAGCGAUGCAUUCAACUCGACCAGUAGAUUUGCAAGACUUCAAUCCAUCAAGACAGCCUUGGCAGGUACUUACCUCUACCCUCGUUUCAAAACUACAACCGGAGAUGCUAUGGGAAUGAACAUGAUUUCAAAGGGUGUUGAGCACGCUUUGAAAAUUAUGGCUACCGAAUGCGGCUUUGACGACAUGGACAUCAUUUCGGUGUCAGGCAACUUUUGUACCGACAAGAAGGCUGCUGCGGUCAAUUGGAUCGAUGGACGUGGUAAGAGUGUUGUUGCCGAAGCAAUCAUCCCCGGCGAUGUCGUUCGUAAAGUUCUCAAGACUGAUGUUGAUGCAUUGGUCGAAUUGAACAUUGCCAAGAAUCUUGUCGGAAGUGCGAUGGCCGGUGCUAUGGGUGGUUUCAAUGCUCACGCUGCCAAUAUCGUAGCAGCAAUCUUUUUGGCUACUGGCCAAGACCCAGCACAAGUAGUUGAGAGUAGUAGUUGUAUCACACUCAUGAAGAAUCUUCGCGGUAAUUUGCAAAUCACAGUAUCCAUGCCUUCUAUUGAAGUUGGAACUUUAGGUGGUGGUACUAUUCUUGAACCUCAGAGUGCCAUGUUAGAUCUUCUUGGUGUUAGAGGUGCCCAUCUAACAAACCCUGGUGAGAAUGCCCAGAAGCUUGCACGCGUAAUUGCUGCAGCUGUGUUGGCUGGUGAACUUUCCUUGUGUAGUGCUUUGGCGGCUGGUCAUCUUGUGCAGAGUCACAUGGCACAUAAUAGAAGUGCUCCAGCAACAAGAACCAAUACUCCAGGGCCAGCGGCCGGUGUGCAAACACCUGUAACAGCAGCAAUGACGGCCAUGCGAGAGAGAGCUGGUGUAGCAGCCUUAUCUCCGGCUGCUGUGCUUAGAGCUGCAGAGGGAAGGAAAUAG